GACGCAGUUCUCGCAGCCAGCCAUCUUUACCAUAGAGUAUGCCCUGGCCCAGCUGUGGCGCUCACGGGGUUUGGAGCCGUGUGCUGUGUUGGGCCAUAGUGUGGGAGAGUAUGCCGCUGCCGUGGUAGCUGGAGUGCUGCCGUUGGACGAUGGCUUGCGCCUGAUUGCCGCCCGCGGACGGCUGAUUGCCGAGAAGUGCGAGGCCAACGUCGGCACAAUGUCUGCGCUCUUCGCGCCCGAGCAGGCUGUGAAGCAGGCCAUUGAGAAGUCUGGCGUCAGCACAGAUAACGUGGCAAUCGCAGCUGUGAAUGGUCCUAAGAUGACAGUCAUCAGCGGCCGCAAGGAGGCUGUAGACAAGGUGGCAGAAGCAGCAGGUGUGACCAGCCGGCCCUUGACGGUCUCCCACGCCUUUCACUCACCGCUGAUGUCGCCCAUGCUCGACGACUUCCGCGCAGAAGUGUCCAAGGCGCCUCUGGGUGGCCUGCUCAAGGUUCCCUUCUUCUCCACACUGCUGGGCAAGGAGGUGAGUGCCGAGGAUCUAGCAAAGGCAGAUUACUGGGUGGAUCACGUGAAGUACGCCGUGCGGUUCACCGCUGGCAUGGAAGCGCUCGAGGCUGCCGCUGCACCUGCGGUCUUCCUCGAGAUAGGCUCGACGCCAACGCUCAUUGGCAUGGCUCGCCGGUUCCUGACAAGGAAAGAAGCACGCUUCCUUGCAAGCCUCGAUGCGAAGGCUACACCUGAUGAGCGUGAUGCUGUCAAGAAGGCCGGAGUUAUCUCCGCCAAGCAACUUGAAGCUAUCCGCCUGCACUGUCCUGCCCGAGGCCGCGGAAGCCAUGAACCUCUCGGCUGUAGCAACAAAAAGUUCUGCUGUUGUCUUGGAUCGUCAGGCUGGUACAACAUGCACUUGCUUCUGCGUGCUGAUGGCAGUCUCACGUUGGUGUAUUACGUGUAG